GGACAGCGAGAACGCAGGAUCCCCCUGCGAGCUCAGCGAGAUGCAGUCGCUCCCACGGAUGCGGAGCGUUGGACUUAUUGGAGCCGGAAAAAUGGCGAAAGCGAUUGCCAACGGCAUCUUGAGCACGAACCGAGCGGCAGAGCUCUCGAGAGACAAAUCCAUCAAAGUAAUGGCUUCCUGUCCGCGAGAAGAGCUCCUGCGAGCGCUGCCCGAUGAUUGUCGUUCUACAACGAAUAAUCUGGAGACUGUGGAAAACAGUGAUUUAAUCAUAAUAGCGGUCAAACCCGAUGUUGUCAGAUCGGUGCUAGAUGAAAUCUGUCCAAAGAUUGACCCGAAAAAGCAUGUGGUGAUGUCCAUCGCUGCCGGCGUGACGGUUUCCACUUUCGAGGAGGCGCUUCCUGCGGGCACGAAUAUAGUGCGUGUGAUGCCCAACAUAGCCUGCGAAGUUCGCGAAGGAGCCACUGUGUACUACACCCGAGGCGAAUCGAACGAGUUAGGUCAGAUCACGCAAGCAGUGUUCGCACCAAUAUCACCGAUUUGCCAGCGAAUACUCGAUGAAAAGCUCAUGGAUGCAGCGACUGCGCUCAGCGGGAGUGGUACCGCUUAUGUUCUUUACAUCAUCGAGGCUCUGGUAGACGCAGGAGUCCGACAAGGGUUUUCCAGAGAAGUUGCUCUCCGAUUGGCUACGCAAACUGUCCAGGGCGCAGCUCGACUUAUCCACGACAGUGGACGGAGUCCGACUGAACUCAAAGACUACGUCACCUCUCCCGGCGGGACGACUUCGGAGGGACUCUUCGUGUUGGAGAAAUACGCGGUGAAAUCCGCCAUUCACGAUGCGGUUCACAGCGCGCGGAAGAAGAGCGAUGUUCUGAGAUAGCCAGCA